GGUCAAAAAAAGAAAAUAAAAAAGUGGUGAAUGAUGCCACCGUUUCCUUCAACCUCUACUCGGUUCCAUAUUCUUUCAUCACCUUAUUCUUCUCUGCUCCUCCUCAAUCUCACCACCCUUUCCACGAAGACCUUCAACCCCACCACUAUGCCCUUCUCUUCAUCUUCAUCACAUUCACAUUCACUUUCAUCUUCCAUAACCGACCCAAAACAAGAAUCAGAAGACCAAAACCUGUCUCAGGUCCUCAAUUACCAUAACCAGACCAAGCAUUCCUUCACUAGAUACGCCCGAGGGCCUCAUGGCCUUGACUGGGCUAACCAGCCCAACCCUUUCCGGAGGUUCGACUCUGCUCCAGUGUUCCCUCUCCUACACUACCCCACAGAGGAUCAAAACGCGAACACUUCUACCACCAUUGAAGCUCCUCCUUACUCAUCUCUGUUUCUAUCUCUCCCUCCUUCGAAACCCAUUUCGAAAUCUUCUAUUUCCCAGUUUUUCUACGAUUCUUUGGCUCUCUCCGCUUGGAAAACUAUCGGGCUUUCGACCUGGUCUCUUAGAGUUAACCCCAGUAGCGGGAAUCUACACCCCACCGAGGCUUACAUUAUAAGCCCACCUAUUGACUCGGUUUCGGGUUCGGGUUUCGUGGCCCAUUACGCUCCGAAAGUACAUGGAUUGGAAAUUAGAGCCGAAAUCCCAUCUGGGUUUUUCCCCAGGUUCUUUCCCGAGAAUACUUUCCUCGUUGCGUUGUCGUCGAUUUUCUGGCGCGAGGCUUGGAAAUACGGCGAGCGCGCGUUCCGGUACUGCAACCACGACGUGGGUCAUGCUAUCGCGGCGGUGUCGAUGGCUGCGGCCGCCAUUGGCUGGGAUGUGAAGCUUCUCGAUAGUUUAAGUCACGAGGAUAUGAAGAAACUCAUGGGGCUCGAAAUUUUCUGCGAGUUCCAAAUUCCGUCUCGACCCAUUAAAGGUAAGUUGCCUCUCAUUGAAUUCGAGCACCCUGAUUGUGUUAUAGCUGUUUUCCCAAGUGGGGCUGGUGGAUUUGAUGUUAAUUAUGAGGAAUUGAGUUCUGCCAUAGCUGAAUUCUCCAAGUUGGAGUGGAAGGGAAAGCCUAAUUUGUUGAGUAAAGAGCAUAUUUGUUGGGACAUUAUAUAUAGAUCAGCUGAGGCAGUGAAGAAGCCUAUAGAAAUAGAAAGUAGAUUCAUUGUUGAUCCAUUUCAGAGUAGUGGAGUCGUUAGUGAAGGUGCAUAUAAGGAAUUUACUGUAAGGGAAAUAGUUAGAAAGCGAAGGAGUGCAGUUGAUAUGGAUGGAGUUACUGUAAUGAAGAGAAGUACAUUUUAUCAAAUGCUGCUGCAUUGUCUUCCUUCGGGUUCUGGUAAUGAAGAGAAGCAAAAAAGGCAAUUGGCAUUGCCGUUUCGGGCUCUUUCAUGGGAUGCUGAGGUGCAUGCUGCUUUAUUUGUUCAUAGGGUGCAAGGUUUGCCGCAAGGUCUGUAUUUUUUGGUUAGAAAUGAAGAUCAUUUUGGUGAGCUUAAGAAAUCUAUGAGGCCUGACUUUAAGUGGACGAAGCCUGAGGGUUGCCCUGAUGAACUUCCUUUAUACGAGCUUCUUAUAGGUGAUUACAGGCUUCUCUCUCAACGACUCUCGUGCAAUCAGGAAAUAGCAAGUGAUGGCUGCUUCAGUCUUGGUAUGGUAGCUCAUUUUGAGCCUGUUUUGCGCGAGAAAGUGUGGAUGUAUCCUCGAUUGUUUUGGGAGACAGGAGUUCUAGGACAAGUUUUAUACCUUGAAGCGCAUGCUGUUGGCAUAUCUGCAACAGGAAUCGGCUGCUACUUCGACGAUCCUGUGCAUGAAGUGCUUGGGAUAAAAGGAUCAGACUUUCAGAGUCUCUAUCACUUCACUGUAGGAGGUCCUGUUCUGGACAAAAGAAUCAUGAGUCUUCCGGCAUAUCCAGGCCCCAGAGUAGAUGCUUGAUGGAGUAUGUUCUAUGGGCUUGGAAAACCUCUGUUACUUCUGCCAAGGUGCCACUAGUCAUCUAUGAAUAGAUACUAAAACAUUGAAUCUUAAGUUCACCAAUUGGGGGAUUAUAGGGAGAAAGCAGAAUAAGUUUUAGUAGCAACACUAGAUUUUUUAGGAGUCCUUGAUAUGUAAUAUACAUCAUACCAUUAUAAACUCCUGUGUUUAUGUAGUAUGAACGUGAAUAUACUGUUUUUUUAAUAAAACAUAUAUUGCAGAGGA